GCAGACCCGAGAAUGGACCCCACCGGUGUAAAAGUGCUGGAAACGGCCGAGGAUAUUCAAGAGAGACGUCAGCAGGUUCUAGACCGGUACCACCGCUUCAAGGAGCUUUCGACUCUGAGACGACAAAAGCUUGAAGAUUCCUACAGGUUCCAGUUCUUCCAGCGGGAUGCGGAUGAGCUGGAAAAAUGGAUCCAGGAAAAGCUCCAGAUUGCGUCUGAUGAAAAUUACAAGGACCCAACUAAUCUGCAGGGGAAGCUGCAGAAACACCAAGCCUUUGAAGCUGAAGUGCAAGCCAACGCGGGGGCCAUCGUUAAACUGGACGAGACAGGAAACCAGAUGAUUACCGAAGGGCAUUUUGCCUCUGAAACCAUAAGAACUCGACUGCAGGAGCUUCACCGGCUCUGGGAGCUGCUCUUGGAGAAGAUGAGAGAGAAAGGGGUCAAGCUGCUGCAAGCCCAGAAGCUGGUGCAGUAUUUACGAGAGUGUGAAGACGUGAUGGACUGGAUCAAUGACAAGGAGGCCAUCGUCACCUCAGAAGAGCUGGGCCAGGAUCUGGAGCACGUGGAGGUUUUGCAGAAGAAAUUUGAGGAGUUCCAGACAGACCUGGCCGCUCACGAGGAGAGAGUAAACGAAGUGAACCAGUUUGCAGGCAAGCUUGUCCAGGAGCAGCACCCUGAAGAGGAAUUGAUCAAGUCCAAACAGGAUGAAGUCAAUGCCAGCUGGCAGCGUCUGAAGGGGCUGUCCCUGCAGAGGCAGGGAAAGCUCUUUGGAGCAGCUGAAGUGCAGCGUUUUAACAGGGAUGUGGAUGAGACCAUAAGCUGGAUUAAAGAGAAGGAGCAGCUGAUGGCCUCCGACGAUUUUGGCAGAGACCUUGCAGGAGUGCAAGCCUUGCUGCGCAAACAUGAAGGCCUGGAGAGGGACCUGGCUGCCCUGGAAGACAAGGUGAAGGCUUUGUGUGCGGAGGCUGACAGGCUACAGCAGUCACACCCUCCCAACGCCUCUCAGAUCCAUGUGAAACGGGAGGAGCUGAUUGCAAACUGGGAGCAAAUUCGCACUCGAGCAGCUGAGAGGCAUGCUCGCCUGAAUGACUCCUACAGAUUGCAGCGAUUCCUCGCAGACUUUCGGGACCUCACUAGCUGGGUGACUGAAAUGAAGGCUCUGAUCAACGCCGAUGAACUCGCCAAUGACGUGGCAGGAGCCGAAGCCCUGCUAGACAGGCAUCAGGAACAUAAGGGAGAAAUUGAUGCCCACGAAGACAGUUUUAAAGCCGCAGACGAGUCUGGCCAGGCUUUGCUCACUGCCGGUCAUUAUGCUUCAGAUGAAGUUAAAGAGAAGCUGAACAUCCUUUCCAGCGAAAGAACUGCCCUUCUGGAGUUGUGGGAGCUUCGCCGGCAGCAGUACGAACAGUGCAUGGACCUGCAGCUUUUCUACCGAGACACCGAGCAGGUUGAUAACUGGAUGAGCAAACAAGAAGCUUUCUUGCUGAAUGAAGACCUUGGGGAUUCUCUGGACAGUGUGGAAGCCCUCCUGAAGAAGCACGAGGACUUUGAGAAGUCCCUCAGUGCCCAAGAAGAGAAAAUCACCGCCCUGGAUGAAUUUGCUACAAAACUGAUACAGAAUAACCAUUAUGCUAAGGAAGAUGUGGCCACGCGCCGGGAUGCUCUCUUGAGCCGCCGCAACGCUUUGCACGAGCGAGCCAUGUAUCGCCGGGCUCAGCUGGCAGAUUCCUUCCACCUGCAGCAGUUCUUCAGAGACUCGGACGAGCUGAAAAGCUGGGUCAAUGAAAAGAUGAAAACUGCCACCGACGAGGCCUAUAAGGAUCCAUCCAACCUUCAGGGAAAAGUUCAGAAACACCAGGCCUUUGAAGCUGAGCUCUCGGCAAACCAAAGCCGCAUCGAUGCCCUGGAGCAGGCCGGGCAGAAGCUGAUUGAUGUCAAACAUUACGCCUCGGACGAGGUGGCCACUCGCAUGAAUGAGGUCAUCAACUUGUGGAAGAAGCUUCUGGAAGCUACCGAACUGAAAGGGAUCAAGCUCCGUGAAGCCAACCAGCAGCAGCAGUUCAACCGCAACGUGGAAGACAUCGAGCUGUGGCUGUACGAAGUGGAAGGGCACCUGGCUUCCGAUGAUUAUGGCAAGGACCUCACCAACGUUCAGAACCUUCAGAAGAAACAUGCUUUACUGGAAGCCGACGUGGCCGCUCAUCAGGACCGCAUUGACGGCAUCACCAUCCAAGCUCGGCAGUUCCAGGAGGCAGGACACUUUGAUGCGGACAACAUCCGAAAGAAGCAGGAGGCUCUGGUGGCCCGCUAUGACGCCCUGAAGGAGCCGAUGGUGGCCCGCAAGCAGAAGCUGGCAGACUCCCUUCGCCUGCAGCAGCUUUUCCGUGACGUUGAAGACGAAGAAACCUGGAUCCGAGAGAAGGAACCCAUCGCAGCCUCAACCAACAGAGGCAAGGACCUGAUCGGGGUGCAGAACUUGCUGAAGAAACACCAAGCCCUGCAAGCGGAGAUCGCAGGCCACGAACCCCGCAUUAAAGCAGUCACGCAGAAGGGGAACGCCAUGGUGGACGAAGGGCACUUUGCUGCUGAGGACGUGAAAGCCAAACUGAACGACCUGAACCAGAAGUGGGAGUCCCUGAAGGCCAAGGCCUCCCAGCGCCGGCAGGACCUGGAAGACUCCCUGCAGGCCCAGCAGUACUUUGCGGACGCCAACGAGGCCGAGUCCUGGAUGAGGGAGAAGGAGCCCAUCGUGGGCAGCACCGACUACGGGAAGGACGAGGAUUCGGCUGAGGCUCUCCUCAAGAAGCACGAAGCUCUGAUGUCAGACCUCUCAGCCUAUGGCAGCAGCAUCCAGGCCCUGAGGGAGCAGGCCCAGGCGUGCCGGCAACAAGUGGCCCCCACAGACGAUGAAACUGGCAAAGAAUUGGUCCUGGCUCUGUACGAUUACCAAGAGAAAAGCCCCCGGGAAGUUACCAUGAAGAAAGGAGACAUCUUGACUCUGCUGAACAGCACCAACAAGGACUGGUGGAAAGUGGAAGUGAAUGACCGUCAGGGGUUUGUACCAGCCGCCUACGUGAAGAAGCUGGACCCAGCGCAGUCCGCCUCUCGCGAGAACCUCCUGGACGAGCAGGGCAGCAUCGCCUUGCGGCAGGAGCAGAUUGACAACCAGACGCUCAUAACUAAGGAGGUCGGCAGUGUCUCUCUCCGUAUGAAACAGGUCGAAGAACUGUACCACUCUCUCCUUGAGCUGGGGGAGAAGCGUAAAGCCAUGCUGGAGAAGAGCUGCAAGAAGUUCAUGCUUUUCCGUGAGGCUAACGAGCUGCAACAGUGGAUCAACGAGAAGGAGGCGGCGCUCACCAACGAAGAGGUGGGAGCAGACCUGGAGCAGGUGGAGGUGCUGCAGAAGAAGUUUGAUGACUUCCAGAAGGAUCUGAAAGCCAACGAGUCGCGUCUGAAGGACAUAAACAAGGUGGCGAAUGACUUGGAGUCCGAAGGCCUCAUGGCCGAAGAGGUGCAGGCGGUGCAGCAGCAGGAAGUCUACGGAGCGAUGCCCCGGGAUGAAACUGAUUCCAAGACAGCAUCUCCUUGGAAGUCUGCGCGCCUGAUGGUGCACACUGUGGCUACAUUUAACUCUAUCAAGGAGCUGAACGAGCGUUGGCGAGCCCUGCAGCAGCUGGCAGAGGAGCGAAGCCAGCUCUUGGGAAGUGCUCACGAAGUCCAGAGAUUCCACAGAGAUGCUGAUGAAACCAAAGAAUGGAUCGAAGAAAAGAACCAGGCCCUCAAUACCGACAAUUACGGGCACGACCUGGCAAGCGUCCAGGCGCUGCAACGCAAGCACGAGGGCUUCGAGAGGGAUCUCGCCGCUCUGGGUGACAAGGUGAACUCUCUCGGAGAGACGGCGGAGCGGCUCAUUCAAUCUCACCCCGAGUCAGCGGAGGAUCUCCAAGGAAAAUGCACCGAGCUGAACCAGGCCUGGAACAGCUUGGGGAAACGGGCCAACCAGCGCAAGGAGAAACUUGGAGACUCUCACGACCUGCAGCGCUUCCUGAGUGACUUCAGGGACCUCAUGUCUUGGAUCAACGGAAUCCGUGGGCUGGUGUCCUCAGAUGAACUUGCCAAGGAUGUGACAGGAGCCGAGGCGUUGCUGGAGAGACACCAGGAACACCGCACGGAAAUAGACGCAAGGGCUGGCACGUUCCAGGCCUUUGAGCAGUUUGGGCAGCAGCUCUUGGCCCGGGGCCAUUACGCCAGUCCAGAGAUCAAGGAGAAGCUGGACAUCCUUGACCAAGAAAGGGCGGACUUGGAAAAAGCCUGGGUCCAGCGACGGAUGAUGUUGGACCAAUGCCUAGAAUUACAGCUCUUCCACAGGGACUGUGAGCAGGCAGAAAACUGGAUGGCCGCCCGUGAGGCUUUCUUAAACACGGAAGACAAAGGGGAUUCCUUGGACAGCGUGGAGGCCCUCAUCAAGAAGCACGAGGACUUUGACAAGGCCAUCAACGUUCAGGAGGAAAAGAUCGCAGCCCUCCAGUCCUUUGCUGACCAGCUCAUCUCUGCUGAUCAUUAUGCCAAAGGAGUCAUUGCCAGCAGACGCAAUGAGGUUCUGGACAGGUGGCGGCGUCUGAAAGCUCAGAUGAUCGAGAAGAGAUCUAAGCUUGGGGAAUCUCAGACCCUCCAGCAGUUCAGCCGAGACGUGGACGAAAUAGAGGCGUGGAUCAGUGAAAAGCUCCAGACAGCGAGUGACGAAUCAUACAAAGAUCCCACAAAUAUCCAGCUUUCCAAACUCCUGAGCAAACAUCAGAAGCAUCAGGCCUUUGAAGCCGAACUACAUGCCAACGCUGACCGGAUCCGUGGCGUCAUUGAUGUGGGGAACUCCCUCAUUGAACGAGGCGCCUGCGCAGGCAGUGAGGAUGCUGUGAAGGCUCGCUUGGCUGCUCUUGCUGACCAGUGGCAGUUCCUGGUGCAGAAAUCGGCAGAGAAGAGUCAGAAGCUGAAGGAAGCCAACAAACAGCAGAAUUUCAACACUGGGAUCAAAGACUUUGAUUUCUGGCUUUCAGAGGUGGAAGCCCUGCUUGCAUCUGAAGAUUAUGGGAAAGAUCUGGCAUCUGUGAACAAUCUCCUGAAGAAACACCAAUUAUUGGAAGCGGACAUCUCUGCCCAUGAGGAUCGCUUAAAAGACCUGAACAGCCAGGCUGACAGCCUGAUGACCAGCAGUGCUUUUGACACCUCCCAAGUCAAGGAUAAGCGUGACACUAUCAAUGGACGGUUCCAGCGCAUCAAGAACAUGGCAGCUGCCCGCCGUGCCAAGCUGAAUGAGUCCCACCGCCUGCAUCAGUUCUUCCGGGACAUGGAUGAUGAGGAAUCCUGGAUCAAAGAGAAAAAGCUACUUGUCAGUUCAGAAGAUUACGGCAGAGACCUGACAGGGGUGCAGAACUUGAGGAAGAAACACAAGCGCCUGGAAGCAGAAUUGGCAGCACAUGAACCUGCCAUUCAAGGUGUCCUGGACACCGGGAAGAAGCUCUCUGAUGACAACACCAUUGGGAAGGAAGAGAUCCAGCAAAGACUGGCCCAGUUUGUGGAACACUGGCAAGAGCUCAAGAAGCUGGCGGCUGCGCGUGGUCAGCGGCUAGAGGAGUCUCUGGAGUACCAGCAGUUUGUGGCAAAUGUGGAAGAGGAGGAAGCCUGGAUCAAUGAGAAGAUGACACUGGUUGCCAGUGAGGACUAUGGAGACACGCUUGCCGCUAUCCAGGGCCUGCUGAAGAAGCACGAAGCAUUUGAAACGGAUUUCACCGUGCACAAGGAUCGAGUGAACGAUGUCUGUGCUAAUGGCGAGGAUCUCAUCAAGAAGAACAAUCACCACGAAGAGAACAUUACGGCCAAGAUGAAGAGCCUGAGGGGCAAGGUGUCUGAUCUGGAACGAGCAGCGGCCCAGCGCAAGGCCAAGUUGGAUGAAAACUCUGCCUUCCUCCAGUUCAACUGGAAGGCAGACGUGGUGGAGUCUUGGAUAGGUGAAAAAGAGAAUAGCCUCAAGACGGAUGACUAUGGCCGUGACCUCUCUUCUGUGCAAACCCUCCUCACCAAGCAGGAAACCUUUGAUGCCGGACUCCAGGCUUUCCAGCAGGAAGGCAUUGCCAACAUCACAGCCCUGAAAGACCAGCUUCUGGCUGCCAAACACAUCCAGUCCAAAGCCAUUGAGGCUCGCCAUGCCUCGCUGAUGAACCGCUGGAACCAGCUGCUGGCCAACUCCGCUGCCAGAAAGAAGAAGCUCCUGGAGGCCCAGGAACAUUUCAGGAAGGUGGAAGACCUCUUCCUGACUUUUGCCAAGAAGGCAUCAGCCUUCAAUAGCUGGUUUGAGAAUGCUGAGGAGGAUCUCACGGACCCCGUGCGCUGCAACUCCCUGGAGGAGAUCAAGGCCCUGCGUGAGGCGCAUGACGCAUUCCGCUCCUCGCUCAGCUCUGCCCAGGCAGACUUUAACCAACUAGCUGAGCUGGACCGCCAGAUCAAAAGUUUCCGGGUGGCUUCCAACCCCUACACCUGGUUCACGAUGGAGGCCCUGGAGGAGACCUGGAGGAAUCUGCAGAAGAUAAUCAAGGAACGUGAACUAGAGCUGCAGAAGGAGCAGCGCAGGCAGGAGGAGAAUGACAAGCUGCGCCAGGAGUUUGCUCAGCAUGCCAACGCUUUCCACCAGUGGAUUCAGGAGACCAGGACCUACCUGCUUGACGGCAUAGCAUACCGUCGUGUCAUUCGUGUCUAUCAGUAUGAAGUUGGGGAUGAUCUGUCUGGAAGGUCCUGUAUGGUGGAGGAAUCGGGAACCCUAGAAUCGCAGCUUGAAGCUACCAAACGCAAGCAUCAGGAGAUCCGGGCCAUGAGGAGCCAGCUGAAGAAGAUCGAGGACCUGGGAGCUGCCAUGGAGGAGGCUCUGAUCCUGGACAACAAGUACACAGAGCACAGCACUGUGGGGCUGGCACAGCAGUGGGACCAGCUUGACCAACUGGGCAUGAGAAUGCAACACAAUCUCGAACAGCAAAUACAGGCCAGAAACACAACCGGAGUUACCGAAGAAGCCCUCAAGGAGUUCAGCAUGAUGUUUAAACAUUUUGAUAAGGACAAGUCUGGUCGUCUGAAUCACCAGGAGUUUAAAUCCUGCCUGCGGUCCCUUGGCUACGAUUUGCCCAUGGUGGAGGAAGGAGAGCCAGAUCCGGAGUUUGAGGCUAUUCUCGACACAGUUGAUCCUAACAGGGACGGACACGUCUCGCUGCAAGAAUACAUGGCCUUCAUGAUCAGCAGGGAGACGGAGAACGUCAAGUCCAGUGAAGAGAUAGAAAGUGCUUUCCGUGCCCUCAGCUCUGAGGGCAAACCGUACGUGACCAAGGAGGAACUCUACCAGAACCUGACCCGGGAACAGGCAGAUUAUUGCAUCUCUCACAUGAAGCCGUACAUGGACAGCAAAGGCAGGGAGCUUCCCUCUGCCUAUGACUACAUUGAAUUUACACGUUCCCUCUUUGUGAAUUGAUACCCAGUGCUAGUCCCACAGCAUCCUGAGAAUGUGCUCACGUCUUCUGCCUCUUUUCUCUCUGCAUGUGUCCACCACUGUGCUCAGAAAUAACCAAUGUUACCUGUCCAGUGUAACCUUAAAACUGCUUAGCUUAAAAACCUCUAAUAUUCUUAGUACAAGGAGCAAAAAUGUUGCCGUGUGCUUCAAUAAAAGUUAUUGGUCCAAGUGAAACCAA